AUGAGACAGUCACACCAGCUGCCCCUUGUGGGGCUCCUCAUGUUUUUUCUUAUUCCAAGUCAACUAUGCGAGAUCUGUGAGGUAAGCAAAGAAAACUACUUCCGUCUAAAACCUCUGAUAAGCACAAUGGUCAAUUCCAAAUAUACCAGAGGAGUCCAAGCAGCUUAUGUCCUGCUGUCACUCAGACUUGCCGGCAUCCAGAACCAAAGCCUAGAUCAAGAGCUGAUCCAACAAGUCAAAGACAACGUGGACAGGAACAUCUCAACUUUAGCUUCGGGAGAGCUUGCCGUGAUGAUCCUGGCUUGGGGAGCAUGUCGAAACCCCAAUGACGCUUAUCGAUAUGAUCCUCAACUAGUUGAACAGCUGGAAAAGAAAUUCCAAGCAGAAAUCGAAAACAUGGAAGCACACGAUGGCAACCCACUGACUAGCUACUAUCAGCUGAGCCUGGAUCUUUUGACCUUGUGUCUGUUCCACGGGAACUACUCAAUCACCAAAGUUUCACAACUCUUUGCUCCUGACAAUAAAAACUAUUAUUUUGGUGGUCAGUUUUCAGUAGAUACCGGGGCAGUGGCUGUCCUGGCUCUGACCUGUGUGAAGAGGAGUGUAAUGAACGGGCAGAGAGAGACAGAUAAAGAGUAUCUAGACAGUAUCAGCAACCAUAUAAAGUCACUGGUAGAAAAAAUCCUGUCUGAGAAAAAGGAAAAUGGUCUCAUUGGAAACAUCUUCAGCACAGGAGAAGCCAUGCAGGCUCUCUUCGUCUCAUCAAACUCUUACAAGAAAAGUAAAUGGAAAUGUCAGCCCACUCGGAACACGGUGCUCAAGGAAAUUGAUCAGGGAGCGUUCAGUAUUCCGACUGCUGCCGCCCAGGUGCUGCCCGCCCUGGUGGGAAAGACCUACCUGGAGGUGAACGAAGACUCUCCCUGUGUCUACGGCUCAGGUAACUUCAACAUCACACAGGGGCCCAAAUCUGUGACACCUACUAAUUCACCCUCAAGUAUCUUAGUCCAUUACUGUGUGAGAAUCAAUAAACCCUAUUCCAUUAAUGUCACCGUGCCCGAUGGUUCUGUCUUCCUAGAUGUGAUGGAGGCAGCUCAGAAGAUAAACAAGACUGCAUUUCGUUUCACAACGGUGGAGACAUCGUAUGGCCCCUAUAUCAACUCUGUUCAGGGCAUAAGUGCCAACACUAAUGACAGAACCUACUGGAAACUUCUGAGUGACAAUAAACCACUGGCCCAAGGAGCUGGCAGUUACGUUGUCCAUGAUGGGGAAAAUCUGGAGGUUCGCUGGAGCAUAUAUUAA